AUGGAUUAUCUCGCCUUGGGUGCUAUCGGCUCCCUCCUGCCCAAGCUGGGCGAGCUCCUCAAGGAGGAGUACAAGAUGCAGACCAGUGUGAAGCGAGACGCCGAAGCUUUCUCCCGCGAACUGAGGAGCAUGCGUGCCGCCCUUGAAAGGGUGGCCGAGGUUCCGCGGGACCAGCUCGAUGAGGAGGUGAGGAUCUGGGCCGGCGACGUCCGUGAACUGUCUUACGACACGGAGGACGUUGUUGACUCCCUCCUUGUGCGUGUCAAUGGCUCCGGGGCUGACACUGACAUGAAUGGCCUGAAGGAGCUCGUGGGCAAGAUGAAAAGGUUGUUCAAGAAGGGCAAGGCUCGUCGUCAGAUCGCCAUUGCGAUCAAGGACAUCAAGGAGCAGGUCCAAGAUGUGGCCGCGAGGCAUAAGAGGUAUAAAGCUGAUGGUGUUUUUGUUAAUCUAGCUGCAGCCACAAAGAUCACCGCCGUUGACCCUCUCCUGGUGGCCCUGUACGAAGACAGGCAAAGGAUUGUUGGGAUUGAUAACACAAAGGAUGAGCUAAUUCAGAAGCUCUGUUUGACUGACGCAUCCAAACAACCCAAGAUACUCUCUAUUGUUGGAUUUGGAGGAUUGGGUAAAACAACUCUUGCCAAAGCAGUCUAUGAUGAGAUUCGGCUGAAGUUCGAUUGUGCAGCUUUUGUGUCGGUUUCUCGGAGUCCUGACCUCAAGAAAGUUUUCAAAGACCUUCUGUUCGAAGUUGACUAUGAAAAAUAUAAGAGUUUGAGUGGAGCAACUCUGGAUGAAAGGCAGCUCAUUGAUCAACUCCAAAAAUCGCUAGGGACCAAGAGAUACAUCAUCAUUAUCGAUGAUAUAUGGGAUGUAAAUGCAUGGAAAACAAUCAGAUAUGCUUUCAUGGAUGGUAAAUGCGGAAGUAGAAUAAUCACUACUACCCGCAAUAUCAGUGUCUCUACAGAAUGUUGCUCUUACAAUGAUGAUAUGGUUUAUAAAAUGAAACCUCUCUCUGAUGGUGACUCCCAAAGACUCUUCCAUAACAGAAUAUUCAGAAGAGAUGAUUUAUGUCCUCCUGAAUUAGAGAAAGUGUCGAUGGAUAUCUUGAAGAAAUGUGCCGGUGUACCAUUGGCCAUUAUUACUCUAGCAAGUCAUCUGGCUAGCAAUCAACAGAUAAAACCCAUUAAUGAAUGGUAUGUUUUGCUGAACUCUAUUGGUACGGGACUUACAAAAGGAGAUACUAAUUUGAGGGAGAUGAGGAGGAUAAUAUCUUUUAGCUAUUACGAUCUCCCUUCUCAUCUGAAGACUUGCUUAUUAUAUUUGAGUAUAUUCCCUGAAGACUUUGUCAUUGAGAGAGACCGGUUGAUUAGAAGAUGGAUUGCUGAAGGUUUUAUCCAAGGUGAUAACUUAUUUGAGCUUGGGGUGAGUUACUUUAACGAGCUUCUGAAUCGAAGCAUGAUACAGCCGGUAAUAUCUGGUCUUCAAGGCGAGCCAACAGGUUGUCGUGUGCAUGAUUUAAUGCUUGACCUAAUAUGUGACUUGGCCAGUGAAGAAAACUUUGUCACUGUGAUGGAUGUUAUCAAGGUCAACACGCCUUUCGAAAGAAAGGUCCGCAGGUUAUCCUUCCAAAAAUCAGUGCUCGCGAACACUCGACUAGCAACCAGUAGCAUGUCACAAGUGAGAUCAUUGACCAUUUUCAGUCCUGCUAUUAAUCAGAUGCUUCCUCUAUCAAGAUUUGAAGUUUUACGUGUGUUGGACCUAGAAGAUUGUGAUCUUGAGGAAAGUGGCAGUCUUAACCUUAGUUGUGUUGGUGAUUUAUUGCACCUGAGAUACCUAGGACUAAGGGAUACAAAUCUCUGUAAGAUCCCGACAGAAAUAGGAAAGCUAUUGUUUUUACAGACAUUGGACUUGCGAGGGGUAGUCGAUGAGGAUGUACAAGAAUUGCCUGCGAGUGUUGUCCAGCUUAGAAAUCUGAUGUACUUAUAUGUUAGCGAUGGUACAUACCUACCAGUAGGGUAUAAGAAUCUGACGUCCCUCGAACAGCUAAGCAGACCAUGCUUUACAAAAGAUGAUGAUCCAGAAGAGCUGCGCUACCUGACCAAGCUGAGGGUGUUGUCCUUACUGUGCCCAUCAGGGUAUCCUGCCGAGAAACUUCUUGUUCUCUUGGAGUCUUUAGGACAUCUACACAAACUACAGAGUCUAAAUAUUAAAUCUGCUGGUGAGAGCAUUGGUGGUAACAUGGGCGACUGGCUCCUUGGGACCCUGCUGUCUCUUCGUUCUCUUGUGCUGGAAUCUGACGUGGACACGGCCACCAAAGAAGAGCGUGCCACGGAAAGGUCAUUCAUGCUUAGCCCUGAUGCAUUCCCUCGUGCGCUAGAGUGCUCGUACCAAAAUGUCUUACUUGGUCCUUAUAUGUUCCCACGAGGAGCUAUGCCCAUGGUUCGACAUUUGUCCUUCGGCCUCCUGAUGUCAGAUAUUCUCAGUGGUGGUGACUGGGACUUGUGCAUUAGGAACCUUCCUUCGCUCCAUGUUUUAUCCAUUAAGCUUUAUGGAGAGGAAGACAGCAGAGAUGGUUAUUCUGAAGCGGUGGAUGCUGUGGAGAGAGCGGCAGACGACCAUCCCAACCGCCCCUUCACCAUUGUCUUGUAG